AUGGAUAUCAAGGCUGUGUGCGGCGGUAAUAUCUGGAAACACAUUUCGUUGUUGCUACUGUUGUACAUCUCAGUUGCUACUGGACAAGUACGAUAUUCUAUUCCAGAGGAGAUGAGCAAGGGUUCGGUUGUUGGACAUAUUGCGGAGGAUUUGGGCAUCGACUUGAAACGGCUUCGCAGCGGCCGGGCCCGCAUAGUAGCCGGGGACAACAGCCCUUAUGUUGAGCUGAACACAGACAAAGGGACGCUGGUGGUGAGUGAGAGGAUAGACCGGGAGCUCCUCUGUAAACAGAUUUCUCCCUGCAGUUUCAACUUCGAAAUGAUAUUAGAGAAUCCAAUCCAAUUGUAUGAAGUGACUAUAGAAAUGUUGGAUAUUGUAAUACAGGACCAGAAUGACAAUGCGCCCCAAGUGCUCUACCCAGUACAGACAGGUGGUUCUGUUGUGGCUGAAAUGGUGCCUAGAUCAGCUGAUAUUGGCUAUCUAGUGACCAAAGUCGUGGCUGUCGAUGUGGACUCUGGACAGAAUGCCUGGCUCUCAUAUAAAUUACAAAAAGCUGCGGACAGGCCGCUCUUUGAAGUUGGGGUUCACAAUGGAGAGAUCAGAACUGUGCGACAGGUGACUGAUAAAGAUGCUGUGAAACAGAAACUCACUGUUGUAGUGGAGGACAACGGACAGCCCUCUCGCUCAGCAAUAGUGAAUGUGAACGUGGCGGUGGCUGACAGCUUUCCUGAAAUACUCUCGGAAUUCACAGACUUUACGCGCGACAAGGAUUACAACGAUAACUUGACUUUUUAUUUAGUCUUGGCACUGGCUGUUGUAUCCUUCCUCUUUAUUGCAUGUCUAGUCGCCAUAAUCUCAGUCAAGAUCUACAGGUGGAGACAGUCUCGCUUUUUAUAUCAGUCUAAACUUCCCGUUAUCCCGUACUAUCCACCUAAUUACGCAGACGCUGGAGGAACAGGUACUCUGAAACAGGUCUACAACUAUGAGGUGUGCAUGACGACAGAUUCCAGGAAGAGUGACGGAACGUUUGUCAGACCUUGUAGUCAGAACGUUUUAAUAAUGGACCCAGUUUCAACACAGACAAUGCAACGAAUGCGGAAUAAAGAAAUGUUAAUGGACGAUUUUGAUUCACUGGAUCAGAAAAUAUAUAAAACAACCCUGACAGAAAAUGCUUUAAGAGGCACUAAGCUUGUCACUGUGUCCGCGACCGACGCAGACGACGGAUCAAACAGUGUGAUUAGCGGCGUCAUCCAUGCCAUACGGUCUUUUGAUUAUGAACAAAUGAAGAAUUUCCAGUUUACAAUAAAGGCGCAAGACGGGGGCUCUCCACCUCUAAGCAGUAACGUGACUGUGCAGAUUAUCAUACAGGAUCAGAAUGACAACGCGCCACAGGUUCUCUAUCCAGUGCAGACAAGCAGCUCGGUCGUAGCUGAAAUUGUGCCUCGUUCAGCAGAUAUUGGCUAUUUGGUCACUAAAGUGGUGGCUGUUGAUGUGGACUCUGGGCAGAAUGCCUGGCUCUCAUAUAAGCUGCAUAAACCUGCAGACAGGCCGCUGUUUGAAGUGGGCGCACAGAAUGGAGAGAUCAGAACUGUGCGCCAGGUGACUGAUAAAGAUGCUGUGAAGCAGAAACUCACUGUUGUAGUGGAGGACAACGGACAGCCCUCUCGCUCAGCUACAGUGAAUGUGAACGUGGCAGUGGCGGACAGCUUUCCUGAAAUGCUCUCAGAAUUCACAGACUUUACGCGCGAAAAGACUCAUAAUGAAGAUUUGACCUUUUAUUUAGUUUUGGCUCUGGCCGUGGUGUCCUUUCUGUUCAUCGCGUGUCUAGUUGCCAUAAUCUCAGUAAAGAUCUACAGAUGGAGACAGGCUCGCCUCUAUCAAUCAAAUCUUCCUGUCAUUCCUUAUUACCCGCCUCAUUACACAGACACUGGAGGAACAGGGACGUUAAAGCACAUGUACAAUUAUGAGGUGUGCAUGACGACUGACUCCAGGAAAAGUGAUGGAACUUUUCUAAGACCCACUAGUCAGAACGUGUUAAUAAUGGACCCAAAUGCCAGUGAAACCAUGAAGCGAAUACAGAAAGAACAGCUUUUCUUAGAUGAUUUAAAUUCUCCGGAUCAGGCUGAAAAUGGGAUUUAA